AUGGGGCACGGUCGAGGAGGAGGUGGAGCCUGCGCUGGGUCACAGCGUUGCUGCGCACGGAGCCGGAAGCUGUGGAUUGGCUACGGCAGGAGAGACAGAGGCGGAGCCAGGGCAAAGACCCGACCUGCGUCGGCCCCGUGUUAUGACGCGCUGAACCGGGGGCGGAGCCUAAGAGGUGACGCGCGGAGGCGGGGUGGGAUCUGGCGGCCUAGGGAAAAUCCGGACCAGGUGGGGCGCUGCGGGCCGCGGCGGCUGCAGUGCGUCCGCCACACCACUAGGGGCCAGCGCGGGCGGUCGGAAGAAACCAAACCACAGAGCGAGAAACCGGCCAGCGCGGAGCGAGGACGCGGAGCAUCCCAGAUCUUGCCUUCAACAUCCAGAGUUGACCCUGAGAUCCAACCUGGCCGCGCUGACCGAGGAUCCUGCACACCAGAGCUGACCCUGAGCCCCAGGCUAGCUGAGCUGACCCCGGGUUCUGCAUGCCAUCCAGAGAUGAUCCUCAGUCCUGGCUCCACUGAGCUGACCCUGGAUCCCGCACACCAGCCAGAGGAGACCCCGGCUCCCAACCUGGCUGAACUGACCCUGGAGCCUGUGCACUGCCGACCUGAGCUCCUGGAUGCCUGUGCUGACCUCAUCAAUGAGCAGUGGCCCCGAAGCCGAGCCUCCCGCCUGCACUCCCUGGGCCAGUCCUCAGAUGCCUUCCCCCUCUGCCUGAUGCUGCUGAGCCCCCGCCCCACACCCGAGUCACUCCCCAUUGUGGUGGGUCAUGCCCGCUUAUCACGGGUGCUGGACCGGCCCCAGAGCCUCCUGGUGGAGACAGUGGUGGUGGCCCGGGCUCUGAGGGGCCGUGGCUUUGGCCGCCGUCUUAUGGAGGGCCUGGAGGCUUUUGCUCAGGCCCGGGGCUUCCGCCGGCUGCACCUCACCACCCACGACCAGCUGCAGUUCUACGCCCACCUGGGCUACCAGCUGGGUGAGCCUGUGCAGGGCCUGGUCUUCACCAGCCGACGGCUGCCUGCCACCCUGCUCAAGGCCUUCCCCAGAGCACCCCCUCCCCGGCCGCCCUGCAAGCCUCCUAGUCUAACUGCCCAGACUGCCCCAAGAGCCCCCAAGGGGCCGGCACUGCCACCACCCCCUCCCCUGCCUGAGCCCUUGACCACCUCACCUCCACCUCCUGCAAGGCCCCCUCCACAAAGUCUGCUGGAGACACAGUACCAAGACCUGAGAGGAUGCCCCAUAUUCUGGAUGGAAAAGAACAUCUGAGGGCUACCCACGGCAAAGCACUACUGUCUACAGGGUCGAUGGACUGCUUAGGACAGUACCAGCCUCAUAUGGCCUCAGUACCCCCAUUGGCCAUAGCUCAGUCCCUAGAACCUGGAAGCUGCUUGUUGCCCGAGCACCAGCAGGGCUGGGAGAGGCUCCAUAGCUGGGGCUCAGAGCUGUCAGUGUGGCUGAAUAAAGGCUUCUGAUGGGUGCGGCUGUGACAGUGUAUUUGUUGACCCACUCCCACCCCCCAUCCUUAUCUUAGAUCACUGUCUCUGUAAGAUCCUUGGGAUCCACCUUGGCCCUGGACCCUGGAUGAAGGGAAGCCUACCCUUUGCCCCUCCCAUUCUGCCAGGCCACUGUGACAAGGUGUCUGUCUGUUCUCUUCCAUGUUCAUUCAUCACCAUUCACUGAGCACCUACUGUGUGUCAGGCCCUAGACUGGGCCCGGGCAAUGAGGAACUAGACAGAUAGGGCCUUGAUCCUGCCACAGGCAUACAGUGGCAGGAUCUAUGUUGGGACAAUGGGAACCUAAAUACCCUCAGUCCAUUGGAAAUCCGGGGGAGGUAAUGUCACAGCAGAGAUUUGAGUGCUAAGUAGGAGUCAAGCCAGGCAAGGGGGAGGGUGUUACGUGUUCCUGGGGCAGGGAACAAGAUGGACAGAGGACAGAAGGGGACUGGUGAGAACUGUGAGUAAGCAAGGUGUCAGAGGGCACAGUGGUCCCAUGACAAAGAGGGAGAGCAUGGGAGGGGAGCUGCCCAGGCCGAUGCAUGGUGUGGCUGGUUUGAGGGGGCCAGAGGACUACAGGGGGGCCAUAUUUUCCCCACCCCCUCAUCCUUGUGGGGAAUAGUGGGGGAGUGUUCCUAGCUUUCCAGGCUGUGUGGAAGGUAUGGCCAUGGAAUUGGACUCUAAGCUCACAGCUCC